UAUAUUAUCGUUUGCGAUAUACCGUUGAAAAUUCUCCUCGUGAGAAAAAUUUGUCUCCUCGCGAUAAUAACAACGAUAAGUCUAGUUGAUGACGUAGUUUCAUGCGCGACCGAUUCACUGUUCACGUGCGCGACCGAUUCACUGUUCAUGUGCGGAGUGAAAACAAGCAUGGCGGAAGGCGGACGUGAGGCUGAGGAGGAGCUUGUUGUUAAGCGAGGAGCUAACUCCACAAUUUGGAACUGGUUUGGUUAUACAAAAUCCGAUGCGGAGCAAACUACAGUAAUAUGCAAGGUUUGCAGAAAAACAGUGGUUACAAAGAGUGGAAACACGUCCAAUUUGUUCCACCAUCUAAAACACAAACCAGAGUACGAAGAAAGUUUGAAGCUACGCGAGGCAACAACUACAAGUGGACGACCUAGGGGUAAGAAAAUUCCCACCCAGACGAAAAUUGCCAGCGCAUUUGCUAAUUGCGUCUCUUAUGAUAAGCAAAGUAAACGAUGGAACGAAUUGACGGACGCGGUGGCGUUUUGUCUGGCAAAAGACAUGUUGCCAUUCCAAACUGUCGAAAAAGAAGGAUUCAAGCGAAUGAUCCAUAAACUGGACCCAAGAUACAACAUGCCUUCAAGGAAGUACUUUUCCAAAACAGCCCUGCCAGCGAUGUAUGAAGAGUGCCGUGGUAGGGUACAAACAGCACUGUCUACGGCGGAUUUUUAUGCUUCAACUGCAGACAUGUGGAGUAGCAGAGCGACUGAGCCGUACAUUAGCCUUACGGUCCACUACAUAACGAGUGACUGGAGAUUGAACAGCUGUUGCAUCCAGACAAGUUUCUUCCCAGAUGACCACACGGGUGAAAACAUCGCGAGUGGCUUGAAGCAGUUCCUUCAAGAAUGGAAUUUAGAUGAGAAACAGGUGUGCCUAACAACGGACAGCGGGGCCAAUAUAGUAAAAGCAGUCACUCUAAACAUGUGGACAAGACUGUCUUGCUUUGGCCAUUGUCUACACAUUGCUAUUGAGAGAAGCAUGAGAGAUACCAGGAUUGACAGAGCUGUGGGGGUCUGUAAGAAGAUUGUCAGUGUUUUUUCGCACAGCUGGAAAAAGCAGCGAACACUCAAAGAUGCUCAAGUAGAACUUGGCCUUCCGCCACACAAACUUGUGACUGAAUCGGCAACACGAUGGGGAUCAAGGCAGAAGAUGAUUCAGCGGGUACUUGAGCAAGAGAAGGCCAUUACGCAAGUCCUGGCUGCGGACAGGUCAACCAGGCAUCUGGUGCCUACUUGGCAGGAUAUUGAUGUCCUAGACUCUGUCAGUAAGGCACUUGGGCCUCUUCUUGAUUUUACAGAUGCCCUCUCUUCUGAAAACUAUGUCACAGUGUCAUGCUUGAAGCCUACUCUUCACCUAUUCAACAGUGAGCUGCUGCAGGGGAAAGAUGAAGACACAGAUCUCACCAAGACAAUUAAAAGUUCAAUACUGGACUACAUGAACACCAAAUAUGGUGACCUAGAGGUUCAGGAACUGAUCAACAUGGCAACAAUUCUUGAUCAAUUCUUGAUCCACGCUUCCGCACUCAGUAUAUGAGUCAAGAAGAGAUCCUGGUCAUCAAAGCCAGAUUAGUCAGAGAGGUGGAAUCCCUUUCUGUCAUGCCAAGUGAUGCUGGCUCUGCUACCCCUGUAACGUUAGCUGAAUCAACAAAAGAAGCUCAGAGUGCAUCUAAAAGGCAGAAGAAGAGUCUUGGAAGUUUUUUCAAGAAACCAGCUGCUGAGAUGACCACAUUGACCAGCCUUUCUGAAACAGAGAAAAUUGAGGCUGAAUUAAACAACUACCUGCAUGGGCCACUUGCAGAUGGUGAAAGCAAUCCCCUUACGUGGUGGAAGGUACACAAGGUGAAUUUCCCUAACAUCAGUCGUUUGGUGAAAAAGUACUUGUGCAUCCCCGCCACAAGUACACCCUCGGAGAGGGUGUUCAGCGCUGCAGGAAAUGUAGUGACAUGUCAAAGGUCUCUUCUGAAACCAGCUACAGUGAAUAUGUUGGUCUUCUUGACCAAAAAUCUUAAGGUCUGAGCCCUGUUCUCUUUUUGAAAGCUACUGAAUCACACUAGUAUGUGUGUUAUACAACUUGCACUACCAGACAUGUUCAUGUCAGCCUCAUUUCUACAUUUUGCUAACAAAUUAAGAGUAUAUCAGUGUUUACAGUUUGAUUAAACUUUUAUUUAAAUUUAAUUUAUUGAUUUGUUUUUUAAUUUAUCAUCUUGUGUUUUGCACUAUUUUGUAAACUAUCUGAAGUCAUUGUUACUUUUUGAUACAGUGUUUUACAAUUUGUUCCAUGGGACAAGUGUUGAAAAUUUAACUACCUAAUUGGAGGUAGCAUGUUCCACAUAUGUAUUAUAUUUACAUUCAAAGAGUGUGUCGUUCUCACUGAACUUCUUUACUUUAACAUGUUUGUUACUUUAUCAGGAUUUAUUUGCAGUUGUACUUGUAAUUUUGAAACACAACUGAAGACAUGGGUGGUGAUUGUUACUUUUGCUGUUUGCACUAUUUUUGCCACUGUUGCACCAUGAGAGUAUAAAUAAAUACAGAAACUUUGUUUACAUUUUAAACUUGUAAUUGAUUUUAAUUAUUAUUGUGU